CCAGCCUCCCACUAUCCCAGGGCCCCCUGGAGAUCCCUGUGGUGCCCCCCACCCUCCAGUGGGGUGACCUGGGAGUCCCCGUUUCACACCACUUGCUGUCCACUGGGGGGGGCCUCCAGUCCAUCAUCCCUCCCCCCACGUGGGCCUCUGCUGUGCUGGGGGGCGCCUGCCCGCUGAUUGGAUCCCCUCUUCCAGCUGUUCACGGCAUUCCAUGCGGCCCAGCUGAGCGCUCACGUUCCACUCGCCACGCCCACGCGUGGGACUGCGCGUGUCAGCGUUCUAUUGGCGGGCGCUGAUUGGCCGCGGCGCGCCCCGCCCCCUGUGCGCACAAAGCGGGGGGGCCCGCGGGAGGCUGGAGGCGGCGGCGAUGGGCGAGUCGCGGCUCUUGUCUCGGGCCGAGGCGCUGGAGCUCGGGCCCGGCUGGAAACACGCGUGUCACGUCCUGCUCUGCGCGCCCUGCCCCGGGCGGCUCUUCGGGCGCGUCCCGCUGCGCCACGCCGUGCUGAUGCAGAUGCGCUUUGACGGGCGGCUGGGGUUCCCGGGGGGGUUCGUGGACCCCCAGGACCGCUCCCUGGAGGCCGGACUGAACCGGGAGCUGCGGGAGGAGCUGGGCCCCGGAGCGGCCCCCCUGAACCUGACCCAGGGCGACUAUCUCGGGGCGCGCUGCGAGGAGACGCCGCAGCGCCUGGUGGCUCAUUUCUACGCCAAGCGCCUCAGCCUGGAGCAGCUCCGGGCCCUGGAGGCCGGAGCCACGAACGCCAAGGACCACGGGCUGGAGGUCCUGGGGCUGGUGCGCGUCCCCCUCUACACGCUGCGGGACGGGGCCGGGGGGCUCCCCACUUUCCUGUCCAACAGCUUCGUGGGCUGCGCCCGGGAGCAGCUUCUCCAGGCGCUGGGGGCCCUGGGGCUGGUGCCCGAGGCCGAGCUCCACCGGGCCGACGCUGCCUCCCGGAAAGGACCGUGACACCCCCCCCUCGAAAAACGGCUCGGGGGGGGCGACCCACACGCAGCCUGUGCUGUGCAGGGCCGGGGCCUGGGGAGAGGGACCCAGGUGUCCGGGGGGGAGGGAAUGACAAGGGGUCCCCCUGUUACUUGCAGGGGGGAAGCUGUGACUGGGGGAAGGG